UAACCAAGCCUGUAAAGUGAAAAGGUGCAACUGGUCACUCACGCUCACUCGCUCUUUGCCACGGAAUAUGGUUCAGGUUCACCGCCAAUAGAAGGUCAGUGACAGUAAUAACGUGUGGAACUACUUGUGCUACCAAGGAAAAGUGAAAAUGGAGGAAGAAAGGAAAAGGCUUUUUCCUGACAUCGAGAAUUUUGAGGAAGCUGAAGAGGAUAUGAAUGACGAAAUGAUAAAGGACCAGGAACUGGAAGCGCAGCAGCAGUGGUCACAUCCUAGUGAAUUUCUCUUCUCGUGCAUCUCAAUGUCUGUCGGGCUGGGCAACGUGUGGAGGUUUCCCACCACGGCUUUCCAGAAUGGCGGAGGAGCCUUCCUCAUCCCCUACCUCAUUGUGCUCAUCUUUAUUGGCAGGCCUGUGUACUUCCUGGAGCUCGCCCUCGGUCAGUUCUCAUCACUAAACAGUGUGGCUGUGUGGAACAUGGUGCCCGCCAGCAAAGGUAUCGGUUACGGCCAGCUGGUCUCCGCCUGCUACGUGGCGACAUACUACGGUUCUGUGAUGGCGCUAACGGUCUACUAUCUGGUGAUGUCCUUCAGCAAGGUCCUCCCGUGGUCGGUGUGUGACGACGCCUGGGCGGACGAGAAUUGCGUCGACUCCUCUAGCACCAACGUCACCUACACCGACAACUUGCAGUCGUCCUCGGAGCAAUACUACUACCGCUACGUGUUGCACAUGAAGGAGGACAUCAGUGACGGCAUCGGUCUCCCUGACUGGCGUCUGGCGCUCUGUCUUCUCUUGUUUUGGGUGGUGCUCUUCUUCACCGUGGCCUGGGGCAUCAAGUCUUCAGGAAAGGUGGCGUAUUUCACGGCACUGUUCCCCUACGUGUCGCUAGUGACGCUGCUGCUCAGAGGGAUGACGCUACCCGGCGCCUUUGAUGGCAUGCUGUACUUCAUCACGCCGAAUUUUAAGAAGCUACUGGAUCCCUAUGUGUGGUUAGCUGCCGUCACGCAAGCCUUCUUCAGUCUCUCUGUCGGGUUCGGCGCUGUUAUCACCCUAGCUUCUUACAACUCCUUUUGCCAUGACAUUUACAGGGACGCGUGGAUCAUCAGUCUCGCGGACACCUUCACCUCCCUGCUGGCUGGGUUCACCAUCUUCGCCAUCCUCGGUAACCUCGCCCAUCAGCUUGACACGAACAUCGAGGAUGUAGUGCGCGACGGCGGCGGCCUGGCCUUUGUCUCCUACCCCGACGCCCUCGCCAAGUUCACCUGGGCCCCGCAGCUGUUUGCUGUGCUGUUCUUUCUGAUGCUGUUCACGCUGGGCAUCGGAUCAUUGACAGGGACGAUGGGAAACGUCAUCGGUGUCAUCACCUUCAACAUCCCCUCCGGAAAAAGAGUGUACGCCACCCUCGGUAUCUGCAUCACCAACUUCCUGUUUGGCCUUAUCUACAUCACUCCGGGAGGACAGUGGAUCAUGAACUUGGUGGACUACUUCGGUGGUGGCUUCAUUACUUACGUCCUCGUCCUCCUGGAAGUGGUGUCGGUCAGCUACAUAUACGGACUGAAGAACUUUAUACGGGACCUAAACUUCAUGACCAAGAGAAACUUGGGGCUGUUCUGGAAGUUUAGUUGGAAGUACUUCAUCCCCGUCACGCUGCUGACGAUCUUCGUACAAAACAUGGUGCACCCCGUCAUGCCCACUGUAUCCGGAGCCUCCUUCCCGCAGAUCGCCUAUGUCUGUGGAUGGAUUCUUGCCAGCGUGGCCGUGGGCAUGGUCCCGAUCUGCUUAAUGCACACUGUCUACCACACCCAAGGAGACACACUUGUCCAGAAGCUGCGGGACGCAUUCCGGCCCACAACGAGCUGGGGACCCAGAAACUGGAAAGACAGGGCACUAUGGCAAAAGUAGCCAACAGUAAUGACAAUGUGUGUGUGUGUGUGUGUGUGUGUGUGUGUGUGUGUGUGUGUGUGUGUGUGGUAAACUUUUACACUUAAAACACUUCAUGCUCCUUUAUACUUUUACUGGACUCUUAGCCUCGAACUGCAUGGACAUUAGAUAUGUACUGCUACUUUGAACUUAAAAUAUAAUGUUACUGGU